AUGCCUGCCUUGCGUUUCAGUCUGCUCUUCUCUGCCCUGGCGAUAUUCGCGACUGCCGUCCCUGAGGGCUUUGCCUAUCGUUCUCCCGCCGAAGCUAAUAGACGUCGAGGCGACUGUGUCUUCUCUGGAGCGAUAAAUGUCACUUCCGUGGCUACCCAAUUGUCGGUGUGCCAAUCGCUCACAAUCAACAAUGUUACAGUCCCGGCUGGCAAAACACUGGACCUUACCGGACUAGCCGACGGAACAACUGUCACAUUUCAGGGCAGAACGACUUGGAGUGUUCGCAAAGGCUUCGCUGGACCUCUCCUCACCAUUGGUGGCAAGAAUAUCGUUGUUACCGGCGCGGCUGGUGCUAUACUGGAUGGCCAAGGUCCGGAGUAUUGGGAUGGAUUAGGCAGUAACGGAAACUCAUCGAAACCAAAGUUCCUAACUGCCCAAGGCCUGAUUGGCGCCUCCUCAAUCAACAACCUCUAUCUUCUCAACACGCCUGUUCAGGCUGUGAGCAUUAACCACUGCAAUGGACUUACAAUCAGUCACAUGACUAUCGAUAACUCGGCUAGUGAUGACCUGCCUCUGAACAAGUCUGGCCACAACACGGAUGGUUUUGACAUUGCCUCGAGCAGCUCCAACAUUGUUAUCGAUUCUGCAAUAGUGCACAACCAGGACGACUGCGUAGCAAUCAACUCUGGGACGAAUAUCACCUUCCAGAACGGACAGUGCAUCGGCGGCCAUGGCCUCUCUGUUGGUUCAGUGGGGCACGCACGCACUGCCGCCAGCAAUACUGUUCGUCACGUUCGUUUUCUCAACACCAGCGUCACGAAUUCCGCGAAUGGACUGCGUGUGAAAUCCUUCUUUGAUGGUACUGGCAUAAUCGACUCGGUCACUUACAGAGAUAUCACUCUUGCUGGAAUCGCCAAAUAUGGCAUCCUCAUCGAGCAGAAUUAUGACGGAGGUGACCUCUCAAAGACGCACGCUCCCGGUGCCGGAGUGCCUCUCACUGCCUUGACUAUAGAGAACAUCACUGGUACCGGCGCUGUAGCCAGCACUGGAACCAACGUUGCCAUUGCCUGUGCGAACUGCACUCAAUGGAGUUGGAACAAUGUCUCUGUUACUGGUGGUAAAGCAUUUUCCUGCAUCGGUAUGUCCUCUGAUGUUCCACCUGGGGUUUGUGCUUCAUAG